CAUCAAAACAAAUCUGUCAGAUCUCAAUUUUGACUUUCGUCUUGGCUAAUUGCUUUGCAAGCUAAAUUUCGACAUCCGCUCUCAUGGGUUCAAUUGCCGCGCACGUGCAAUGAUUUUCUACGUUUCAUGCGUCGCUUUUUAGUACCUUCGUUUGGCUUCUUUUUGCUCCAUUCGGCUUCACAACUCGGCCUAAAACAAACACUCGCAGAAAUUCCCAUCGGCCUGCUUUAUCGUUUGACAAAAGGAAGAUCAUGAGUCCGACGCAAUUCUCUCUCCUCGCCGUUUUGAUUCUAGCAGGCUGUAUGCCGCAGGGUGGGGCAUCCAGGGUCUUGGAGCUCAGCGACAGAUUUUUAGACAUUCGCAAAGAUGGCCAGUGGCUUGUGAAGUUUUACGCUCCUUGGUGUGCCCACUGCAAACGCCUCGAGCCGAUUUGGAACCACGUCGCGCAAUCUCUGCACAACACCAAUAUCAGGGUUGGCAAAGUCGACUGUACCAGGUUUACUGCGAUGGCCACGGAGUUCAAAGUGUCAGGAUUUCCCACGAUCAUGUUCAUGAAGGGCAGUGAACUGUUCACCUUCAGAGGAGACCGUACGAAGCAGGACAUUGUUGAUUUUGCCCUGAGAGUGUCGGGACCUCCAGUGCAGCGAAUUACAAGGCCAGAAAGCAUUUCAAACCUGAGAAAAGCGAUAUCUCUGUUUUUCGUCUACAUCGGACCAUACGAAGGCAUUCUUUGGGAGGCGUAUUUAUCAAUUGCUGAAGCCUUCCAACCAAAUGCAUACUUUUACGGAGUAGCUGCGGAAACGGCCAGAGAUCACAUCGACUUCAAUAGAGUUCCUGCCGUGCUUGUGUACAAGGACAAUAUGCAUUUUUUCUUUCAAGAACCCCCUGCGAAGGAUGAGUCGCCUGAAGAGCGACUGCAAGCAGUAAACGAAAGUCUGACGCACUGGAUCAACGCCGAGCGGUUCCACACAUUCCUCAAGGUGACCAGGGGCAACAUCCACCAGACCUUGGCUAGCAAUAAGAACCUCGUCUUGGCCGUUGUUGAGGAGAACAAACUCGAGGACAUUCCUGCUCACAUGAUUGAUUUCCGUGACAUGAUUGAGUCUGUGAUCAGAGAGAACAAGGACAAGUACCACAGGCAUUUCCAGUUUGGCUGGACUGGCAGUCCUGAGCUGGCCAACUCGGUAGCCAUGUCGGUUUUGCCGCUGCCCAGCCUGAUCGUAAUCAACUCGACCACUAAUCACCACCACCUGCCCGCUGAACACUUGCUUGGCGCUGUAGGAUUGGAGCCUGAAACGAUUAUCCACUUUCUGGACACCAUUCUGGACGAGUCUGCACCGGUGUACGGGGGCAAUUCGUUUUUUGUCCGCUUCUACCGCGCCUACUUCGAAGGGAAAACCGCCCUGGCCGACAUGUGGAUGGGCAACCCUGUUCUGACCUCAGUGCUCUUCGGCCUACCGCUUGGCUUCCUCAGCCUGAUUUGCUACUCCAUCUGCUGUGCCGACAUAAUGGACGCGGAAGAGGAGGAGGAAGAGCAAGACCACGAGAAGAAGGAGUGAGACGAAUCUCUUUCUACUCUCAAUCUCAGCAAUCGUGCAUUCUCGAGUUGGCUUUAUUCCAGUUUCAAUUUUGUCUUACAUUCUGUUUCACAUGUGAUCAACGAUUUUCUUUUACUAAGGGACAAAUUUAUUAUCUGUGUUAGGACAUGUUGUGUACUUAAUAAUCAUAUAACAAUAAUUAAUGAAUGCCAAACGUCUAGUCAAAAGUGUAAAUAAAUAUGUCAGCGUUUCACUGUUUGCCAUUUUGUAUAACGAAUAUAAACGGUUGAAAGUUUAAAAAUCA